GCUAAUAACCUAUAUUCACUUCAUUCAUGUUAAUAUUAUAGUUAAGAUCCAUUGUACACACGUAACCGGCCAUUAAUAAUUUACUGAAGAAUAAAUUAAAAACUAAAAUCAUUAUUUAAUCCCAUGAUUAUCUAUCGCUUGCAAUGUAUCGCCUGCUUUUGCUCUGGUCACACCUAACAGCUGUUCCAUUUGCGUCUUCAUUUGUUUUUUUACAACAAAUUGCAACCGAUUCAACCAAACCGGGGAUCCAAAAAUGGAGUCGCCCACCUCGCACCUGGUGGCCAAAGAUUUCCAGGUGACGGGCGUUUCGCGCAGUGGACGCGUACGCAAAAAGUCGUCGAAACUGUUGGAUUUUGAAUCGCCGGAGGAGAUCGAGAAGCGCACAAGGCGCCAAAGUGGCGGCAGACAGCCAACCAGGUACUCCGGCCGCGGCAGGCCAUCGAAUGCUCUGCGAGACCUGGAUCUUGACCAGGAGAUGCUCGUGGAUGAUCCAAAUAUCUCGGACGGCGAUGAAUUCCAUCCGGAAACACCGUCAACGGCCGUGGCCAUUCUGAACUCCGACGAUGAACUGGACAACCUGGUGCAGGAUCUCGUCGAUGGCGUGCAAGCGGAGGCCACCAGCCAGGAGUCACCCGUACGCCAGAGUCUCUACAUGCGCGAGAAGGCCAACAAGCGCCAGGUGCUCAAGGACGGCAAGGUGGUGAAUGCCAAGGUGCAGCGCAAGGACAAGGGCAAGCAGCGCUACACCGCCUACAGCCUGUGGGCCAGGGAGGCGCGCAAGAAAGAUCUCCAGGACCUAGACUUUACCAGCGCCACCAGACGCCUCAGCGAGAUGUGGGCGAACGUUUCCAAUCGGGACAAGAACGCCUGGCGGCGCAAGGCCAAAAUCCAGGCGUCCAGGGCCAAAACUCGCGACAACACCGCUGCGAAUGGUACGCCCCAGCCGGCAAGUAACGGCAACACGGCACUGACAGAUCCUACGCAGCACGAGACGAUCUUCCAGAACCGAGCGACGACGAGUCGCACUCGAAAACUGGCCGCCGAUCGACAGCAAUCCUCGUUAGAAGCGGCGGCGGCAGCGGCAGCCGCGGCGGGCACCUCCACGCAGCGGCGCAGCAUUAACACACGAAGUGCCAGGUCGCAGGCCUCAACGAGCGCAACCAAACUGCAAUCGCACCCGGCUGCGAAUAGUGGCGGCCGAACCAGCGGUCAGCACAAACAAGAGGAGCAGCACAAGACUAGCAUCGAGGUAAUCGAUGCGGCGGCACACCUGAAACUGCUGGGCGAGAGCCUGACGGUGAUUGGCGAGCGGCUGAAGAAGCACAAUGGAUAUGUGGCGCUCUCGGGUAGCUUGUCCGUACUCCUUGACAGCUUGCUCUGCGCCAUGGGCCCGCUGCUCUGCAUGACCACGCAGAUACCCGGCAUGGAGAACAAAGUACAGCUAAGCAAAAAUCUAGCCGACACGCUCGACAACAUCGCCUACGUAAUGCCCGGUCUAUGAAAGGAAUUCGGGGACAUCCCAAUGACCACAUACAUAUAUGCAUAUAUAUAUAUUAACCAUACCAGGCAGCUAAGCUUCCAGCGGGUCCAGAGGCGCCAUCGGAUCCGUAUGUCAGUUAGGAGUUGGCCGUCAAACCUGAAAACAACCACUUAGGAAUCCCUAGUUGAUAAGCUGCAGCAUCUCGAUCUUCGUCAAGUAAAACUAAAGGUCUCCCUCUAAUUUUGGGCUUGUUCUUGUUUCUUGGAUUGCAAGUUAAAUGCUAUAGCUGAAAAGGAACGGUCUAGUAUUUCCCUUAUUUAUAAACUUUUUUUUGCGAAAUAAAUUUUAAAUCAUUGAAACCGUACUAGAAUUAUGAAACAUGAAAUAUCCUAUAAUUCUAAGUCAAAUAAAUGUGAGGAACACCACUUAGUUUCUUAUUUCAAUUUGUGAAUCUACAUAUUUACUUUUAAAACAAACUAAAUAAUAAAUACAAGUAUUAGUA